ACCUUGCAGGAGAAGCUUCAGGAAACCAAGCAACAGGUCGUGACCCUGCAGGAAGCCGAGCGAAAGGUCGCGACCUUGCAGGAGAAGCUGCAGGAAGCAGAGCGACGGGAGAAGGAGGAGAACCUUGCUGUCCAGGAAGUGAGGAGGAAGGAGGUGGAGCGGCGGCAGGAGCUGCUGGCUGUGGCUCAUGAGGCCUUAGCUGAGAAGGAUGCUGAGCUGGAGAAGAAAGCCGGGGAGAUCAGCAGGCUGAAGCUGGAGGCUCAGGAGGAGACGCAGCAGGUGAAGAGCCUCCGCCUGGAGCUUCAGAGGAAGGAGGACGACUCGUCAGACCUCAGAGAGAAGCUGGCCGACUACAGGAAGCAGGUCCAGCAAGUCCAGAAGGAGGUGUCGGCCAUGAGAGCAGAGGAGACGACCCUGAAGCAGAAGCUUUCUGACAUGGACAAAACCAGGAAGCAGCUGCAGUCGGACCUGAGCAGCAGAGACAGAACCAUCCAGCAGCUCAGAGCCGAGCAGCAGGACUCUAAGGCGUCCCAGCUCUACCAGGAGGCCUGUAAAGAGCUGCAGGCCAAGCAGCAGGUGAUGGAGGACAUGCGGCUGGCGCUGACUGAGCAGGAGGAGACGCAGCAGCAGAUGGAGCAGGUCCUGGACGACAAGAUGCGUCUGCUGCAGGAGCUCUCUGCAGAGGUGGAGAAGCUGAAGGGGAAGCUGCUGGAGCAGAGCGGCGGGUCCGGCCGACCUUCAGACGACCUCGGGCUGGCCAGAGACGAAGCUUCCCGAGCCCAGCAGAGCUUAAAGGUGUUGACGGAGAAACAGCAGGCUGAACGCAGGAAGUGGCAGGAGGAGAAGCUGUCUCUGAUUGGCCAGGCCAAAGAGGCGGAGGACAAGAGGAACCAGGAGAUGAGGAAGUUUGCAGAGGACCGAGAGCGCUACUGUCGCCAGCAGAGCCUCCUGGAGUCCAGGCUGGAGGAGAAGGAGGCGGCCAUGGAGAGCUGGAGGGCGGAGCGGGACACGCUGGUCGCUGCUCUGGAGGUGCAGCUGCAGAAGCUGCUGGCCAGCCAGGCGGACAAAGACAAGAUCAUCAAGGAGCUGCAGCAGCAGAGCCCAGCGUCACCAGCAGGGGCUAAUGGUUGCCGCCGUUCUCUCAGAGUGGCAGAGCUGCAGGCGGCUCUAGCGGAGAAGGAAGCAGAGAUUGUGCAGCUGAAGGAAAACAACCAGGGAAUCGCAGCAGAGCAGAGUGAGAGUUCUGCUCUGGCUAAGAAAGCAAAGGCUGAACCUCUGCAGCCUGAGAGGAGGGAGACCAGAUCGUCCGCCAGCAGUCGGGGUUCGUCCGGCUUCCCCUCGGUGCUGGAGUCCUCCGAGGUUUCCACGGAAACGGGCCGGACGAGCCGCUUCCCCCGGCCGGAGCUGGAGAUCUCGUUCAGCCCGCUGCAGCCCGACCGCCUGGCGCUGCGGCGGCAGGGCGACGACAGCGCCGUCACCGUCAAGAUCAACCGGACCGGACGCAAGAGGAAGAGCAGCGAGAUGGAGAAGGUAGGAGGAUUCAGACUGAACUCACCUGGAGGUUUACCUGAGAGAGAGCAGGAGGAGUACAGUCCAACUGUCGCUUAGUAAAACUAUAAAACA